AUGGUGAAUCCGAAUAAUUUUUUUUUUCUGCUGUCUAUUCUGGUUUGCUGUUUAUUUCUUGAACAGCGCACUGUAUCAGAAUUUUCGAAGAAAAACCAACACCCCAAUGGAUAUAGAAAUUCAAAUAUCCAAAAAAAUGGCUCAGUAAAAUCAACUAAUUUGAAGUACAAAAACAACGUUAAAAAUUUAUUCAAAAAAACAACCAAAUUAAUAAAUGAAAGAGGGAUUAGUUUUGCUUAUGUUAAUUUUGGAAAUAUUUUGGAGCUAGAAUCUAAAAACCCUUUUAGCCUUAUAAAUAGCAUUUAUUCAAAAGAAAAGGAAAAAUAUCUAUCUACAUGUUAUAGCGAUGGGAAACCCAAAAAUGUCGGAAACUGUAAUAGAUUUACACUUUCAGGAAAUAUAUGUGAUGCUCCUAUUGAGUUUGAUGUGAAUAAUAAUUUUGCAUUGAAUGAACAAAAUGAAAAUUAUUCAAAAUGUUUAAGUGAUAAUAAACCUGAAUAUAGGAUAAAGAAUAAUAAUCAUAUUGUAAUCCAAUCAGGAGAAAAAUUAAAUCUAAAAAUAAAAAAUGAAUCAUUUCUUUUGAGAACAUCUAUAAUUAUUACAGGAGAUAAUUGUUUAAAUAAAGUGAAAAUAAAAAGUCCUCAUUUUAUAUUUCAAAAAUUGGAAAAUAAAUUUGGUAUACCCAUAUUAUAUAAAGGGCAUGUAAUAGGUUCUCAAUUUCAAAAUAUUAAAGUGUCGAAUGAUGCUGAAGGUUUAUUUAAUGUCUGUUCUUGUAUAAUUGAUUAUUUGUAUUACUCUUAUAAUAAGUGCUCUAGCAGUAAUAAGCAUUAUUCAGAAGUGUUAACUAUUCGAGUUAUUAAAAAACCGACAAAUGAGGGGAAUAAUACAAAAAAAUUUAAAACAGGGGAAAAAUAUUCUAUUAAUUUGCAAGAAUAUGUAACUCCAUUUCCUAUUAAAAGUGCUUUUAUAAUUAAAAAUGUAGAAGGUUAUACAUGUAAUAAUAUUAAGAAUAUACCUUUUAAUGAAAUGCAUGAACAUUUCUAUAAAAGUGAAAACAAAAUGCAUUUUUAUGAUAUGUUUAUACAUGAAACGGAUUCUAUAAUUUUUAAAGAUGAUAUAAUUUUUCAAAAACCUGGAGAUUAUUUAUUAUGUUACACAUCCAAUGAUGGUCGAGUUGACUACUCCGCUUUACUUUCUCCAAUUUUAGUUAUCGGGUAUAAUUUAGACAAAAUGAAUUACAUAUAUAUCGACUUAAAUGUGUCCAAAUUAAAUAUAGAGCAUUCAGUUGUUUUGCAGAAAUAUAAUUUAAAUGAACCAUUAAAAGAUAUAUUUUUCAAAAAGAAAGAAAGGAUUCAAUGUUCAGGUGAAAAUGUAGCUUAUUCUAAUAAUGUUUCUGAAAUAAAUAGUGAUAACGAUAGAAAUUUAAUUUUAGAGGUUAUACAUAUAUCAAAUAUACAGUGUGACGAAUAUGACGUGAUAUUGGAAAUAUGUUCAAAAUAUAAUGAUAAUAAAGACGAUAAAUACAACUUAAUUGGAUAUGCAAUUAUAAAACCAUAUAUUUUACAUAGUAAUUAUGAUAUAAACCAUUUAAAAUGUUUCAAUAUAGAACCCGAUGAUAUUCAAAUAUAUACAAUGAAUAAGGAAUCCGAAUUUUUCAUAUUUUUUCCUGAAUUGCUAGAAAAUUUUAAUAAAUAUGAUAUCAUUUAUUUAUAUAUAUCAUCAUUAUGUUAUACAAAUGAAAAUGAAAUAAUUUUAACUUAUAAUCAUGACAAAAAUAUGACGCCAAUCUUUUUUAAAUAUUUUAAAAUAUCUAAUCCUUCUAGUUCAAUAUUAUAUAUUACAAAAGACAGCAUAAAAUUAUAUGUUUUAAAAAAACCAAAUAAAUCAUUAUAUUUGUAUGAUAUAACCCCAGAAAAAGUUGAUAAUAAAAAAAAAGUUAUUAACAAUAACAAUUUAGAUGAUCCAUAUAUAGAUAUUUUAUUAUCUUAUUAUUUAGAUUAUGCUGAUUUUAUAAAAUGUGAAAACUGCUCAGACCCUAUUAUGAUGAAACCAAUAUAUGAUGAAAAUAAACUUCUCAAAAAUAUUUUUUUAUUAACGUCACAUCCUUAUGAUAAAUUCUUAAUAAUAAAUUUAGACUUUUCUAUCCUUUAUACGCAUAAUAUUAAUGAUGUAAAAAAUGAAGUAUUAUACUUUCGAGAUAUAUCUUUCUCUUUAGACAUUUUGGAACACCAGUCAUUUUUUAUAUCUGAUAUUUCAUGUGGAAUUUUUAAAAAUGAAUCGCUAGAUUGUUUUUUAAUUGACCAAUUAAACAAUACCGUAUUAGCUAUAGAAUAUAUUAAAAUGUAUAACAAAAUAAUUCUUAUAGAUACCUUUCAAGGGGAAAGUAUUACCCAUAUUGAAGAGAAUAAAUUAUACGAUUCUAUGCUUAAUCAAUUAGACACUUACUUGUAUAAACCUCAGAAUAUAGUAGCAUAUCCCUAUUAUGAUUCUUAUGUUAUAUUUAUAAACGAGGAUGAAUCUAAUGAAUUAAAUCUGAUGCAUUAUGAUAAAAAAAAAAAAAAUAAUAAUUUUUCAUAUAUCGGUAAAAUAAAUAAUACACAUAUCGAUAUUGGUAAAAUCAAAAAUGUGUAUAAAUUUUACGACUAUAAAGAUCUAAUUAACAGAAAUAUACUUUUAAUUAUAAGAUACUACGAAAGAAAUAUACAAUUCGUAUAUAUACCUAUAAGAAAUAUUUUGAGCUUUCUUGAAUUAAAAUAUAACCAUCCAUCUGCUAUACAAGAUAAUGGGCAAAUAUAUGUACUAAAAAUAAUAUCAGAUAAAAUACAAAAAAUGAAUAUCCCUCAUAACUUUCAAAUAAUUGUUAAUAAUAUAAAUAAAUCACAAUAUGUUACAAUAGAUAAAUAUGAUGGGAGUGUUCAAAUAAAAUUAUCAGAAUUUGUUGCAGAUCCUGUCAAUUUAACUGUUGAACUACGUGGGUUUUUUGUUGAAUUAAAAAUAAAUAUAGAAUUUACAGUAAUUUGCGCUGAUGGUAUGAGAGUGCUUAAUGGAAUAUGUGUUCCUUGUCCGUUAGGAUCAUAUAAUAAUAUUAACGAAUAUAUUAAAAAUAAAACGAUAUACGAAUGCACAUCAUGUCAUGAAAAUUCUACUACUAAAUAUGAAGGAUCUAUUUUUAUAUCCCAAUGUUUGUGUUUACCAGGAUAUGAAUUAAAUGAUAAUGAUGAGUGCAUUUUAUGUGAAAAGGGGACAUGGAAACCUGAACUUUCUAAUACGCCGUGUAUUUUUCAUUGUUAUCCUAAUUCAUAUAGUACAAUUGAAGGGAGUAAGGGAGAAGAUGAAAGUAAAUGUAAAUGCAAUAAAGGGUUUUAUUUUGUUUCUAAAGAUUCCAUAAACUUUUGUGAACAAUGUGAUAUAGGGUACUUUUGUCCUGGUGGGUAUAAAGUAGAUAAAAUAAAAUGUCCGAAAAAUACUACAAACACAACACAACAAAAUGAUUCUAUAAAAAGUUGUGAAUGUGAAAAAGGUUAUGAACCCUUUGAUUCUUCAGGUUUAAUUAAUUAUAACUUUAUUGAAAAUCCAAUUUUCAAUGAUUACAAAGAUUUUACACAUGAAUUACAAAGCUCUCAAGUUUGUGUACCGUGUAAAGUAGGGUUUUAUAAAACCAUCAUUUCAGAUGUAAAAUGUACACAGUGUUCUGCUCACGUAUACACGGAUACAGAAAAAUCAACUUCUAUAUUUAAUUGUAAUAAAUGUGAAAAAGGAUACUAUUUACAUACUCGAGAUUCAUGUUUAUUAUGUCCAGAUAACCAUUAUUGCCCUGGGGGUAAGAAAGGUAACGCAAAGAAUGCAAAUUAUGAAAAUGAGAAAGUUCCAUGUAGCGAUAGAAGUUUAACAAUACCCCCAAAUGAACUAAAUAUAUCAGAUUUAAAUUGUUUAUGUAAAAAGGGAUUUGAAUUUGAUAGGCUAGAAGGGAAUGAAUUUGGUUGUUUAGAAAUACCUAAGAAUUAUUAUAAAGGCACAUUAAGUAAUACAAAAAAACAAGCAUGCCCAGAAAAUAGUGUUACAUUAUAUACAAAAACAGAAUCUAAAUCAAAAUGCAUAUGUACGGAAGGAUAUUAUUGGGAUAUUCAUAAAUAUAAAUGUGUUAAAUGCCCAAAAGGCCAUUAUUGCCCAGGCGGAUAUUUAAAAAAUUGUUUUACAAGAAAUACUUUACAUAUGUGUAAGCCUAAAAAAAUAAUGUGUCCUAUAAAAAACUCAACAACGCAGGAUGAUAAACCGUUUAGCAAAUCAAACUGUAUGUGCGACAAAGGAUAUACUAUAAAUAAAGAAGCAUUAGGGGAAUGUGUUAUGUGUCCAGUUAAUACUUAUAAAGAUGUUAUAUCCAAUGUUGAAUGUACUAUGUGCUUAGCACCUUACACAACAGAUGGACAAAUAGGAAGUACCAAAGAAGAAGAUUGCACAUGCUCAGGCGGUUAUUAUUUUUUUAAUCAUUGCUUACCUUGUACUGAUAAAGAUACUUAUUGUAUGGGUGGGAAAAUGAUAGUCAAUAAAAAAAGAAAAACUGUUCAUUAUGCUCCAUCAAAAUGUUUACCAAAUACAGUUGUAUCAUUUGAAACAGAAAGACCAUAUGACUCCAGUUUUUGUGUAUGUAAAAAGGGCUAUAAGCAUGUCUAUAGUGCAAAAAAUUCCACAAAAAUAUGUGCACCAUGUGAAAGUGGCUUUUUUAAAACAAUAAUCGGGGAUUUUACAUGUGAAUCAAAAUGUAAACCCAAUUCAACUAGUUUUUAUGGAUCAACGCAUGAAACGCAUUGCUUUUGUUUAGAAAAUUAUUAUUUUAAAAAUGGGGUAUGUAUAAAUUGUCCAGAUGGUGCACAUUGUCGUGGUGGUUUUGAAGAGGAAACGUUAUUGAAUAUGAAAAAAAAUGAAAAUUAUUUGGAUCAUUCCAAAAUUAAACAUGUAAUGCCUGUUCCUAGAGAAAAUUAUGCACUUUAUCGCUUAAAGGCAAAUAUACAUAAUUAUGAUUGGUUUAUUGUAGAAUGCCCAAUCAAAGACGCUUGUUUAUAUAAUGGAAAAUGCUACGAGUCUAUGACUAAUUUUUUAUGCGGAGAAUGCAAAAAAGGAUAUACAAAUAAUUUUUCUAAAUUAAACUUGUGUAUUAAAUGUAGUGGUAUUAUAGCUAAUAUUUUGUAUAUCCUAUUUGUCAAUAUGUUCGCAUUGUUAUUUAUAGUUAUCAUGGCAUAUUUAAAUGUUUUUACGGGAACUAACAGAAAAUCCGUUCAUUCUAUUGUUAUAAAAAUUGGUAUAAAUUACUUUUCUUGCAUGAAGUUAUUUUAUAUUAUUGGAACAAGUGAAAUGUACUUCCCCAUCAAUCUUUCGUCUCAUGUUAAUUAUAUGACUAAAUAUAUAAAAAGGCUAUUAAAGGUUAAAAAAAAUUAUGGCAUAUACUGUAUAUUAACAAGUUUCAAUAUAUCACAUGCAAAUGCUUAUUUUUAUGGAAUGCUUUAUUAUGCAUUUAAACCUAUUUUACUUGCGAUGAUAUUAACAAUUUUAAUGUACAUAGUAGUCGAAAUGUAUAAAUACAAGGUUCGGGAUAAAACAAAUAUAAAAUUAAGAGUAAUAGAUGAAAUUAAAGUGUUAGGAAAUAAUAAAUUAUACGACGAAAUAAUGCAAGAACUGAUAUCAGAAAGAGGAUUGGUACUGUUCAGAUACAUAUCAAUACCUGGAGAUUCACGAUUUAAAAGAAUUAAAAUUUUUUUUGAAGAUAUGAUUCCUAUACAUGUCACAUUAUUAUUUUUUAUGCAUACAGAAAUCACGUAUUAUAUGUUAACAUUAUUAAAUUGUAAAGCAAUUUAUUAUAACGAUAAAUUUAUAGAGCAAUAUAUGAGUUUUGCACCUAGUGUAAAAUGUGAUUUAUCUAAAGAUUAUGCAAAGUUUUUUAUAUUAGGUAUAAGUGGAUUAGUAGUAUGGGGGAUUGGUAUUCCAUUAAUGUCUUAUUUAGUGUUAUAUAAAAAUAGAAGAAAGCUGCAUAAUGAAAAUGUUUUGCUUAAAUAUGGUUUCUUAAACAAUGGAUUUAAUUUUCAAUUUUGGUAUUGGGAAACAAUUGUCUUUUUAAGGAAAAAUAUGAUUUUACUAAUAUCAACUGUUUCUUUAUUGAAGACGACUAGAGUGCUUGGUACCACUAUGUGGUUAUUUACUUGUGUUUCAUCCUUUUUUCUCAUAUUACAGAUAAUACUUCAACCAUUUGAUUCAAGAAAUUAUCAUAUUUUAAAUAGAUUAGAAACUUUUAGUAUGGUGGCAUGGACAAUUAGUUUAAUAAUUUUGGCAUUUUUAACAGUGUCUAGUGCUAGUUCUACCGUGAAUUUUUAUGUUUUAUUGUCUUUGUUAUUUUUUAACUGUAUUUUUAUGGCUAAUAUUUUGAUAGUUUUAUGUAAUUCUUAUAUGGAAAAUUUAAGGCAUAUCAAGAAAAAUAUUAAAAUUCCAUUUUUAAGCAAAUUUUUUGAAAAAAUGUCAAAAAUUGCUGAAGAAAAAUGUUAUAAAGAACCCAUAGUUUCCUUGAAUCUUCAUGACAAUUCAAUUGAAUUCACAAAGAAAUAUAAAAAGCACCAUUUAUUUGGGAAGCGUAUAUUAACAAACGAAGAAAAAAAUUAUUUUCUUAAUGUUUUAUCAAAUUUUAUAUAUUUUGGUAUAUUGAAUUUAAAUUUCACUAUUUUUCAUUCUUAUUUUAUGGAAUUCGUGUUAAGAUUAUCAAUAAUUGAUAACGAGUUGCUUCAAAAAAAGACAAAAAGUGGGCUUUUAAAAUUAAUUGCUAAAGAAUCCCAAAGCAUAGACGAAUGGAUAAAACUUAAGGAAUGUGAAUUAAAGAAAAGAACAUUCUUUGAAAGACAUAAAAAAAUAUUGAAUUUGUUUACAAAUAAUUCGUUUAUUAUUCAAAAUAACAUAAAAAAUAUUAUAUAUAAAGGAGACAAACAUACAAUAAUUUCAGACUAUGAAGUAUUGAUUAAUGUCUUAAAAUAUGAUAAAGAUUUUAUAACGGAUUUCAACUUUUUAUAUGAUGAGGAUGCAGUCAAAUCCGGUUUAAUCCUUUCAGAUUUACAAUUGUCAUUUACCAAGAUAAAGAUGAAAGAUAAAGAAUUAGUUAUGCAAUUAUUUUCUAUAUUUAUUGCAAAGAAAAAUAUUGUACAUUUUGAAAGAGAUAUUCAUCUUAAAAAUAAAAUUGAGCAGCUUAAAAUAUUGUAUGAAACCCUUGUAAAGCCAAAUGAAAAAAAGAAGUUAACAUUUCGAAAAAAUGUUGAAGAUGCAGUUAAAGGAGAUAAAUUUGAUUAUAAGUUAAUAGAAAAUGAAUUAAUACCAUUAAAUAAUAGAAUAAAUACCUUAAUAGAUAAUUACCAAAAAUUAAAAAAUGAUACUUAUGGUGAAGUUGAAUGUAAUCCUAAUGAUAAUCUUAUUUUAAAUGACAAUGAUUCAGAAGAUUUUGACACCAAUUUAACAAAAUUUAAUUUUCAAGAAGUACCAAAUGAUGUUGAAUCAGAGGAAAAUGUGAUAAAUGAGGAUGCUGAAGAUAAUGUGGAAGAAAAACAAAAUAAUGAUAAAUCACAAGACAGUAUUUAG